UAGAGACAUUGGAAAUGCAGUCCGGAAAGUUUUCACUCAUGCAGAACAUAGAUGGUGCAAAUGGCAUGUUCUUAAGCGGGCUCAUGAACUUCUUGGUGCUGUCUAUAGCAAGCAGAAAACAUUUGCCGAUGAUUUCCAUAAGCUAGUGAACCACAUGCUAACUGUAGAAGAGUUUGAAUAUGCCUAGAAUUUUGUUACGGUAAAAUAUUGUUUGCAGGAACAUCCUUUUAUGACUAGAGCCUACGAGUGUAGGCACAAAUGGGCUAAACCAUAUUUUAGCAAAGUUUUCUGUGCUAGAAUGUGUAGCACUCAACGUAGUGAGUGUGCAAACUUUAUGCUGAAGAUACAUACUGUAUGCAAUUCUUCAAUAAAUGCAUUCAUUACCCAGUACACUAAGCUUAUAGACGAUCGUGAGAGUUGUGACGCAGAUGCCGAAAGGAAAAACAAACAGAAAAUAAUUAAGGUCCAUUUUGGAUAUCCAAUGGAGAAGCAUGCUUCAGUUAUCUAUACUGCAAAGGUUUAUAAUCUAUUCAAGAAGGAGCUCAUUAAGUCAACAUCAUACCUUGUGCUUCCUAGCAUGGAGGAACAUACUUUUGUUGUGAAGCACGUCCAGGCCGAGUCUAGGGAAUCGUGGUCAAAAGUAAUAUACAAAAUCAAAGUAGACGAGUCUAUUGGAUAUUACACUUGUGAAUGUGGACUUUAUGAACAUUUUGGUGUUCUUUGUAGCCACGUCCUAGCGAUUUUUGUGAACCGAGGUGUCUGCAAAAUUCCAGAUUUGUCAUAUAAUGAAGCGGUGGACAAAGCAAGCAAGGUCAUCUAGUUUCAACAAUAAGUUGGAGAAAUAUAUCGGCGACACGAACGAGGAAUCGAGAUCAUUUAGGCACAAGCUAUUAUAUUUUGCUGCAAUAGAUAUAGUGAAUGAAGCUAAAAAUGAUCAAGAUGCUUUUGCAAUUGCAAAGUCUAAUUUUAGUCGCUGCAAGAAGGAAUUACAUGAGCACAGACUUUCAAAGACAACUACAUGCCAGGUCGGAUAUGGAUCAAUCCCUGAACAUGAAGUAACUACACAUUCUGGUGUUCAACAGGAAGUCAAUGAAGUUGUUGAUUCAGAUCUUCAAAUAGUUGAUACCGCAAACAAUAUUUCAAUUCCGGUUUCUUCAAUUCUUGCGCCUGCUAUAAUGAAGAAGAACGGUAGACCUUCAAAUAAGUGGUACAUGUCUAGCAUGGAAGCAAACAUCAAGAAGAAGAAACGUGGGAAAACACCGGACCAGAAGACCAAACAUCCGGGUGGUGUGUUGGGUGUUGUCCAGUCAAGGUUUUGCAGCAAAUGUCGAUCGCCAACACACACAAUCAAAAAUUUUCCUCAGUUAUAUUUACCUUAAUGUUAUUUGUUUUCGUUUUGUUGUUGCAAUGAAACUAGUAAUGAAGUGUGUACUGAUUGGAAACUUAAAUGUAUGAAUCCCUGAACUAA